AUGGCUCCCUCUACCAUACCUAUAGGCACCUUCAAGCCCGUCUACUCGGAUGGCUCCAACGCCGGAUCGACGCCGCUGAAGCGCGAUAUUUUCCUCAAUGUCGGCGGUCCGGCCGACGACACCGCCUCCGAAACGGCCUACUCGGCAGCGACGACGGCGUCGCGGGCCAGCACCGCCCCGAGCACGGCGGGCAGUGAGACGGGCGGUCGUCGUCGCAGGCGGAGAAAGAGAAAGGCGGCGAGCAUGGCCCAGAUCGCCAACGAGAACAGCAUGCUGAACAAUAAUGGCACGCAAAGCGCCAACUUCAAGCCCGGCAACGGAAACCACAUCUCCCGGUCGCUGUCUACGCCGGCGCCAGUACCGAACUUGGGGCCCGCCAACCAGAGGUCCGCGAGGCUGCACAUCGGCUUGAACCUCGACGUGGAGCUGGAGCUCAAGGCGAAGCUGCAGGGCGACGUGUGCCUCACAUUACUGUAA